UUGGGAAACCUUUGGGUUAACUCUGAUUGAGACUCUGAUUGAUUGCUUACAGCGGGUCUGCAUUCGGAGAAGCAGAAUGAUAACCCAAUGAAGCCUCACAUAUCGCAGGACAUAAUCGAUAUGGUGCGUCGGAAUUUCACGCGUGAAAUCGAAUUCUAUCAAUUCUGUCGCCAGCGUCUGCACAAGCAGUAUCUAGCCCUGAAACUGAACGAUCUCAAGCGCGUGGACAAGUCUUUAGCUCGUUUGGAAGCGGCCAAUGAAAUGGCCAUUAAAAACUAGACUCAUAUUUAGGUUUAAAGUGAAAGAAAUAAAGCAGAGGAGAAGUAA